GGCAGUCCACGUUCAUCAUUGUUUGGCAUUUUUGUGUCGCCGAGCGCUCUUUGUACAUGCAUGUGCUAUGACCGUUCGGAGUUCCCCGCUUCCUAUUUCUUUUUGACGACCUUUGACCCUAAACGCAAAAGCGCUAUCACAAACGGCGGUGCAUGUCGAAAGGGUACCUAUACAUAAGAGCGCGGCGAAAAUUCGAUGAGGGCAUUUCCAACGCCGUCUUCCCCGUCCCGCGCUAGCCAUGCCCACAAGCAUCCCUCACUCGCAACCUGGAACCUCUGCCUCUGUUUAACGUUCAAUGGGACCAGUUGGACCUUCUAAUCCGGACGCACACGCCUCGGCCAUGGACAUUGACGCCUGCGGAAGCAGCGAGGGUGGUGUCGACCUGGCCACCGUGCUGGGACUGCGAGACGCGGAUCUGGAGAAGGCACUGGAGAUCUGGGAUACGCUCAAGAAUCACCCACUUGGCGAUGAAAUGUUGGCCACUGUUUUGGAACGUGCUUGGGCUCAGCAUUUGGCGGCAAUGGAGAAGAAGCCAGCAGCAUCGGCCAUCGACUUCUUUCCCCCCCUUUGUCGGAGCCCAAUGAGCGCGGCCCUGGCCCAAGCCUUUCACGAAAAACGACUCAGCCGGUAGCCAAUAUCGUCGCCAUUCAUCAGAUUCCGGAUGGACCAUGAGUCAUUCCGCGCGCCCUUGCAUGAGGUCGUGGCCUUCCAUUGUUUAUUGAAGGAUAUAGCAUUAGAUGCCAUUAAUAGCUUUGUAUCUUUGAGCAUCAUAGCUCACAGCAAGCUUCAUGGUGGUCGCGAGCUCUGUAAUCUGAGCGGUAUUU